AGCCCCGCCAGGAGUGGGGUUGGCCGUGAGGGGAAAAGGGGGGGAAACGGGAGUCGGCUUCCCUUUUCCGAAUGGUGCUCCUCCUCAUGACUGACCUCCAGCACGACGGGGCCGCCGCUAAAAAGGAAAAAGCUGCCUUGACCCAUUCAGAAAGUGAAAAUGGGACAGAAGAAAAAAAGAAGAGCGGGAAAGCAUAUCCUGGGCUCUCACAGACAUCACCAAGCGAUCUUGAAUGUUUUGAAGACCAGAAGAAGGUCAUAACUUCACGGUCGAAGACAGUUGUGGAUAAUACCUUCUUGGCAACAGAUGGCAAGAACAUCUCAAAGCCCGAAAGGAAGAAGAGUGCCUCAAAUCAGUUUAAGGCAAAUGCUCACUUUCACAAGCUGUUUCUGGAUGUCCCAAUUGACGAACCCUUGAGGAAAAAUUUUACCUGUGCAUUACAAAAAGAAAUCUUGUACCAAGGGAAGCUAUUCAUAUCGGAGAACUGGAUUUGUUUCCAUUCUAAGGUCUUUGGCAAAGACACUAAGAUUAGUAUACCUGUGUUGUCAGUGACACUGAUAAAGAAAACUAAGACCGCCCUUCUAGUGCCAAAUGCCCUGGUUAUAACAACAGUCUCUGAUAGGUACAUAUUCGUGUCCUUUCUGUCCAGAGACACUGCUUACAAACUAUUAAAAUCAGUUUGUCAACAUCUAGAGGAUGUUAGUGUUGGCAACAGUCCCAGUCUUCCUUCUCCAGAAAAUAGCUUCCGGGCAAAUCGCCCAACAACUUUACCACUGGAUUUCAAUGAAGAUUUUUCUGAACUGGAUGGCAUCAUCCAACAGCGCAGACAAGAGAUGGAAGAAUCCAGCAGCACUGGUUCUCAAACUCCAGAACUGGAACCCUUCCAAGAUUACCAUGUUGUUGAGACCCAGACUCAUCUGAAAACCUCCAGGGUGGAGUCAAAGGCUGUCCAUACAGAUGUUAAGGCUAAAUAUUUGUGUGAUGAUAAAAUCAGGAAUCUUCCAAGAAAUGCUCCUCCUCCUAGAAUCCUUGGAGUCCUUUACAGAGUGAAUUACCAGAAGUUUUUGACUGUGAACCACAUACUUAUUCUCUAUGCAAUUCUUGUUUGUGUACUCAUUUUCUCGACUUUCUACAUGAGAUAUAAAAUCUACAUUCUGGAAGAGCAGCUUGGCACCAUGGCUUCCUUUGUGGAUUCACAUACCCAUGUAUAUCCAAUAAAAGAAGGUCUGGGAUCUCAACUGCCUCUUAACAUUGUUGGUCUCUCUGAGGAGCUAACAGCUAAUCUUAUCAAACUGGAAAAGAUCCAAAGCAAUUUACAAAAGCUACUUGAAGAUGGCGAAUGAAUUGCCAGCUACCUUCAUUCGUACUUCGUUUUCUUCCUGACAAGCAACUCUAAAUGUGACAUCAGACUCUGCAGGCCAGGGUGUUAUGUCCUUCAACUGACUCCAAAACGUCACUCUCCACUUGACUGUGGAAGUUUGAAUCUGUGCAAUAAAGUGUCUCUAUUCAGAGGAUGAUACCUUUCUAUUACCUAUAACUGGGAAGACUGAUCUUGGUGCUUUGUUAUAUUACUUAAAUCCACAGUAAUUCUACUUUCUUUGUGUGACUUUCAGACUUAAUAUUGUGUGACUAAGAGUAAUGCUUGGUUCGGAUGUAUCAUUUGCUGUACAAUUAUGUCUGGAAAGUUCUGUGUCUUUCACAUGCAUGUAUUUCCCAGAUUGUUUCGCAGAAACUUUUCUUUUUUGCCGAAACAGAAAUUGGGCACGUGACCGACAUGUUAAGCAGCAGGACCCAAUGGGCUUCAUUCUGCGAGGUGCUGAGCAAAACACCGUUCUUACUUUGCUCAUGUUCUUCACUGGUAGGAGGUGACACAUUCUGUGCAGACUUGCCAAAUGGCCCUAUUCUGCAUGCCAUUCUGUUGUCAAAGAAAUGUAGCAAUGAG